UCCCCUUUGUACUUCCUUGCAUUCCUCAGAAUCUGUCUUCAACAUUUUCUGGUUCAACAGCUCCACUCGAGUUUCUGUCCGUGUCAGGAUACUGUUCUGCUGAACUCCUCAGAGCCACAUAAGAAACUGAAUGGAGAACAUGGACGUUGAUGGAAUCACCCCCUCAGAUGUUUUUGUGGACCGUACAAGAACGGAGCUUAUCCAGCGUGUUUCUUUAGUAAUGCCAUUGGCUGAUGAGCUGCUGUCAAAGAGGAUGUUAAGUAAAGAGGCAUACGCAAACAUUAAAGCGGAAAAGACCCCCCAGGACAAAAUGCGAGCGCUGUAUGAGGCCUUGGACACCGAAGGAAGUGCAGCAAAAACUGCUUUUUAUCAAGCGCUGAUGAGGCAGAAUCCACAUCUCGUUCAAGAACUGGAGAAAACAUUAAGUCCUGCAGGAAUGCUGAGGUAACUGCAGUGAGACUGCAGAGUGUGAAGAUGAAAACCAGCAAUGAGACACACAAACAGCUGCAGAGAAGCAAUAUUUCUAAUAUUUUUGUAAUCAAAUAAAUACACGUCGAGAAAUCAA